UGAAGCUCCUGGUGCAGCCUCCAAGACACUGCUAGAGAGGAUAAAUGACCAUAACACUUAUGCAUAACUGGAUCCCCGACAACCAUGAGGAUUAUUUCCUGCCAGUCGACUCUUGUGGCUGUAGUUGCGGUUGCUCUCAUUGUGGUGUACUACACUGAAGCUAAGACUACUCCGAAGCCAAAGUACCAGUACACCAAGAAACCCGUCCCUCAGAUCACGGUCCACAGCCCUGUAACCACCAGCGUGCCCAAGACUCUUAAAAUAGUCCCAACUGCAAAUCCUGUGAAGCCCCAUCCCCCGCCCAACCCAGUGAGGACCACCAACCCAAGUCAUGUCUUUCCACAGCACUACCCUGACGGCACCGGGCCACCUGGUGUUGGUCCUGAGAACUACACUCUGGAUUACAACGAGUGUUACUUUAACUUUUGUGAAUGCUGCCCACCGGAGAGAGGGCCCAGGGGCCUGAAAGGAGAAAGAGGCCUGACAGGGGCACCUGGAGAAAAAGGCCUUACAGGAGCAGCUGGUUUACCUGGGCCACCUGGCAUCAGUGGUCCUAUUGGCUUAAAGGGAGAAAAAGGGGACAAAGGUGACAGAGGAAACAGUGGGCCAAGUGGGCCACUAGGCAUUCCAGGAAAACCAGGACCAAAAGGUGAUGUUGGCUACAAAGGGGAAAAGGGUGAAGUAGGACUGCAAGGUCUCAAAGGAGAAAAAGGGCAGAAAGGAGAACCUGGCAAGAAUGGGACUGCUGGUGAGAAAGGAGAACCUGGAAAAGAGGGGCCAGCUGGGCCUCCAGGAGUGGCUACAGUACAUGGACCAAAAGGAGAUAAGGGGGAUAGAGGGGAGUGUGCCUCAUAUGGAGAGAAAGGACACAAAGGUGAACCAGGUGAACCUGGAGCUCCUGGAAUCCCAGGAGCGAUGGGAAUUCCAGGACAGAAUGGCAAGCAUGGCUCCCCAGGCCCUAUAGGUGUCCGAGGGGAUCCGGGAGCUCCUGGACCACAAGGAGAACCAGGGGUGAGGGGGCUAGAAGGACCACAAGGUAUAAGAGGGAUUCCAGGACUGAGAGGGGAAAGAGGUUACCCUGGGAUGAGAGGUGAGCGGGGUUUUCGUGGAUUCAAAGGUGCUAAGGGUUCUGGAUCAGGGGUUCCCCAGAAACACUCUGCCUUCAGCGUAGGUAUCUCUCCGAGAAAGUCUUUCCCUCCUUCAGGCUUCCCGAUCCGCUUCGACAAAGUCUUCUACAAUGAAGAGAACCACUUCAACAUAACUUCCAACAGCUUUACAUGUGUCUACCCUGGAGUUUAUGUCUUCUCCUUCCACAUCACCGUGCGCAAUCAGCCGCUGCGAGCCACGCUGGUGGUGAACGGGUCACGGAGAGUGAGGACACGGGAUUCUCUGUACGGUCAAGACAUCGACCAGGCCUCCACUCUGGUGGUGCUGCGGUUGGCUGCAGGCGAUCAGGUGUGGAUGGAGACGCUCAGAGACUGGAAUGGAGCGUAUGCCAGCAGUGAGGACGACAGCAUCUUCUCUGGAUUUCUGCUUUACUCAGACAAGCCGUGA